CUCUCUUCCCCAGUUCCCUGUAGCGCGGGUUCCGCUCCGCCCCCGGGGGCCCCGCCCCGCCACCCCCGCCGCCCGGCGCUCCGCCCCGCCCCCGCCCGGCUCCCUGCCCCGCCCGCCCGCCCGCCGUCUCCGGCUUGCCUUCCAGCGCCGCUUGCGCUCCGGAGCGCUGGCUCUGCCGGCGCUGAGAAAUGGACCAAUUUUGACAAGAUGUAAUGCUACAAGUCUGCCUGAUGGGAUAUAUUCAGUCAUGGCAUCUGAACUUUGUAAGACGAUCUCUGUGGCAAGGCUGGAAAAGCACAAGAAUUUGUUCUUAAAUUAUAGGAAUCUGCACCAUUUUCCAUUGGAGUUACUGAAAGAUGAAGGACUGCAGUACUUGGAGAGACUCUAUAUGAAAAGGAACUCCCUGACAACCUUGCCAGAAAACCUUGCUCAGAAGCUUCCAAACCUUGUGGAACUAUACCUGCACUCAAAUAACAUAGUUGUGGUACCAGAAGCCAUUGGGUCCCUUGUAAAACUCCAAUGUCUGGAUCUUAGUGACAAUGCCUUAGAAAUUGUUUGCCCAGAAAUUGGUCGUCUGCGAGCUUUACGUCAUCUUCGAUUGGCUAAUAACCAGCUGCAAUUCCUACCUCCAGAGGUUGGCGAUUUGAAGGAGCUGCAGACACUAGACAUUUCUACCAAUCGUUUGCUAACUUUACCCGAGAGGCUUCACAUGUGCCUUUCUCUGCAGUACCUCACUGUGGACCGAAAUCGUCUAUGGUAUGUGCCGCGCCAUCUCUGCCAGCUGCCCAGCCUCAAUGAGCUCUCCAUGGCUGGAAACCGUCUUGCAUUUUUGCCACUUGAUUUAGGUCGAUCUCGAGAACUACAAUAUGUAUACGUGGAUAACAACAUAAACCUGAAAGGCUUGCCAUCUUAUCUGUACAAUAAAGUCAUCGGGUGCAGUGGCUGUGGUGCUCCCAUUCAAGUUUCCGAGGUGAAGCUGCUUUCCUUUUCAUCAGGGCCUCGAACCGUUUUCCUCCCAGCCGAGGUGAAGGCCAUAGGGACAGAGCAUGAUCACGUCCUCCCUCUGCAGGAAUUGGCCAUGAGAAGUCUGUAUCAUACCUACCACAGCUUUCUGAAAGAUUUGAACUUUCUGUCUCCAAUCUCAUUACCCAGAAGUCUCCUGGAGCUGCUGCACUGCCCUCUGGGGCACUGUCAUCGGUGUAGUGAGCCUAUGUUUACCAUCGUCUACCCCAAGCUCUUUCCCUUGAGAGAGACACCAAUGGCAGGGCUGCACCAGGGGAGGACAACUGUUAGUUUUGUGGCUUACUGCUGCUCCACCCAGUGUCUGCAGACUUUUGACCUGCUGAGUUGAUAAACACUCAGGAGCCUCAGGAGCAUUGCCAGCUUGACGCUGGGGAAUGCGGCCAGUCCAGAACAGACUCUUCCAUCCUGUCCUGUCCAAGGCGGGGCACUGCGGAACUCCAGAAAUGUCAUGAUCGGGCUUCAGAGCUAAAAUGCCUCACCCUUCCCCCAAGUUGGAAUAUAUCCUCCCCCAAAUUAAGGACCCGUUUGUCU